UGCUGCUCGCCCGAGCAAUGCCAUAUGUAUUGGUGUUGGUUGCUUUGGAAUACAAAAGCGGGGAACCCUUUUUCGGUAACAGUUGAACCAAUAAUUGUUAGUAUGCUCUACGAAAUGAACCAUGAUUCCAUAAUGCAAUAACCAAUUCAAUUUCAUCUGAAAAAACAAUUCAACACCAGCAAAGAUUCCAUGGGCCAGUGUAAAUCGUGGAAUCCAUUUGCCAUCCUUCAUGAAAAGAGGUGUGAACCGACUAAAGCUAGCCCUAAACCUUUUCAAACAUAAAUAAAAUAUAUAAAAUUGAUACUACCGUGUAUGCCCUCCAUCUCUAAAUCCUAAUUACAGGUGGCUGCUGGAAUCUGCACGGUACUAUAUUUUUUCACCAAGCCAUGUGCUGAAUCUGUAUGGUAAUUUUCAAAAAGAAAGGCUUGUGGAUGGAGUGAGUGUACAACUCACAAUUAUGCAAUUCAGAAUAUCUCAGGAGCCAACUGCCACUUAUAAAGGACGAGCAAGCAUGGACAGUAUUGAUUGACAAGAACAUCCAGGUUAAAUUAUGCAAUCCUACGACACUUCGAGUUUUAUGGACUAACUUGUGCUGGUGCAUAGAACCUAAUCUGGUAGCAGGGUGAGAUGUCCUCACUCUGACAGUUGGUUAGCCCAUGUCACCAGAAAAAGCAUUGUAGAAAUCCAUACCUACAGGAAACUGGACAAGACUGAGACCUGACAAAGAACCAACUCCUUUGAACUAACCCUGAAAAAAAAUGUAUACUAGGUGGCAACGGAGGAUUGAGAAACAAGGGACAAAGGUUGCAUGUUGCGUGGAAGGGGAGAGCCCCCCCCUCCCAAAUUCCCACAGCAACAGCAGCCCUUUCCAGCCACCAACUGAUGCCAGAGUUUUUAAAUGCCAGGGAAAAGGCCAGCAAAUGAGGCUCACGCCCAACUAACUCUGUCUGUCUCAAAUCUCUCGCCUCAGAACAUGCAGCAACGCCUUCCAAUCAUAAAUACACCCCAUCCCAUCCCCACCCCACCCCUGCCCUCGCAACCGUAAUAACCUCCUCCCCUACAAAUAGCCUCCCAAGAAGCCAACCAAGGCCAGCACAGCACACCACAGCAGAGCACAGCACGGAGCAACAGCCACAGCAGCAAUGGAGAUAGAGUCAGUCAAGUGUGAGUGCUGUGGCCUGAGGGAGGACUGCACCCAAGACUACAUUGCGAGCGUGAGAGCCAGCUUCUACGGCCAGUGGCUGUGCGGGCUGUGCUGCGAGGCCGUCAGGGACGAGGCCGGCAGGAAGAAGGCUCACCCGGGCGUGGAGGAGGCCGUGAGGGCGCACAUGGCCUUCUGCAAGAUGUUCAAGUCCAACCCCGCCGUCCGGGUCGCCGACGGCAUGCGCCAGAUGCUCCGGCGGCGGUCCGGUGACUUGACGAAGUCGGACUCCUCCAACAAGUACAGCACCACGCAGGUCGGAGAUGAUUCGUCCGUGUCGCUAUAUUGAGGAGCACAGCAUUACCAUUACCAUUCUAUGGCUUGUAGACCGUCCUUCUAGCGCUUUUCUCAGGCUUGAAUCUCCUGUUUCUUUCGUCAUUUUUGGCAUAUCUGUUCUUCUUAUUGUGGAAAGAAUUUAGAAUGUACAGAAGUCAUAAAUUUCUUCGAAAUAGAUGCUAUCAUGCUAAUAGAGUUUGGCUAUGAAA